AUGCCUCGACUUGUGACAGACACAUCAAUUGAUUUGGAUUACUUUACAUGUAAUAAGGCAGCUGGAGAUUCAGGAGGAAAAAGGAAGGAAUUUAUCAAGUUACGAGAAGGAGCUGUCAUGACCAAAAUUCAGGCUUGGAAAGAAAAUUGGUUAGUUCGUGGUAUCAAGAUGUGGAUGAGCGAUGGCUCUUCAAUGCUCUUUGGGCAUCAACAAGGCGAUACAAGUACGUUCACAAUAAGCGAAGGUGAAAAAAUUACAGAAUUGUUUAUUCAGUCAAGCGGAAAAAAGGCGAAAGGUUAUUAUCGAUUUGGCGGUUUUGGAAUUAAAACUGACAAAGGCAAAAACUGGAAGUUUCUCUGCAGUAAACUUAAAGAUGAAGAUCGCUACUGGCCUUAUGUCGGCUCUGGACUAAUGUGUGGAAUGUUUGGUCGUACCGGUGAUGACGUGGACUGUCUUGGUUUCGCUCUCCUACGACCUGUUAAAACGGCUUAUUUGAAAGAUGUUUCAUACCCUGGCAUAGCUUUUAAAACCGUGGAUACUCCCCCAACUACUGUGGCAAGCACUGAAUACUAUAAUAACACUGACGUUGAUCAGUCUUAUGAAUUAUCAGCGUCAGCGUCGGUGACGACUGUACGUAGCUGGAGUGUCACUACAGGCAUUGAAUUUGGUAUGGAUGUAAAUGUCGUCGGUGGAAUUCCUAUGGUAGCGGAAGUAGACACGACGUUCAGUUGGAAGAUCAGUGCAGAUCAUACUUAUAUAAGAUCUACUUCAAAGACCGAAGAGUAUACCUGGAAAUGGCCUAUAAUUUGUCCAGCACAGUCAAAGAUACUUGCAUCAGGCACCAUGUACCAUGACAUGAUAGACCACCAAACUUACGAAGCAAACCUGCAUAUUGAGCUGGACAAUGGAAAAGAGUAUGAUAUUCAUGUUAAUGGAAAGUACAAAGGCAUUAACGUCAGAAAUGGAAUAUUGAGCAUUGAAGAAAUCUCGUAA